AUGGUGGUGGUGGUGGCGAUAUCAGUGGUAGGUGGUGGUAGCGGCGGUAGUGGUGGUGAUGGUGUCUUGACUCGGAAAGAGAUUAACUACAUGUGGGACGAGAAGCAAGAAACAACUUUUGGUAGACUACAGAAGAAAUUAGUUGAGACACCAUACCUCGUCCUACUGGAAGGAAUUGAUGACUUUGUAGUAUUCAUUGAUGCUCCUAGAUUUGGGUUAAGAUGUGUUCCUACCGAAAGAGACAAAGUGGUAGCUUAUGCCUCGAGACAAAUGAAGAUUCAUAAACAAAACUGUCCAACACAUGAUCUAGAGCUUGCAGUGGUGGUUUCCGCCGUGAAGAUUUGGAGAUACUAUCUUUAUGGAACUAAAUGCAAACUUGUUUACAUAUCAUAA